UUGCGGUUCUCCGGCGCGUGACGGCUCCGCGCCUCUGCCCGGAAAGAGAGAUGCGCUGCUCUUUAAAUGGCCUUUGUUUAACCUCAUCUCCUUUUUUUUUUUGUGCCGUCCACAGAAAUCGCUCUCGAGGCCUGUCAACCAAAAAGCAAGGCCCUUUCCGUAACGGUAACGGAUGUAAAGCUACGUAGUUAGCCAAACCUGCCUGCUAGCUAACACACCCAGGCUACCUACGCUACGUCCUGGGCGGAGGACAGUCACAGGGACCACGGUAAAAGCCGCAUUGGGGGGGAAAUGCCGAGUAAUAAGAUGGAGAAACCCGAAAAGACCGAGGUCAAUGACAACGUCAAAGUGGUGGUGCGAUGCAGGCCGAUGAAUCAGAAGGAAAAAAUGAUGGGCCACAAGCAGGCUGUCACCGUGGAUGAAAUCCGGGGCACCAUAACUGUGAACAAGCUGGAAACGCCCAACGAACCCCCCAAAACAUUCACCUUUGACACCGUUUUUGGGCCAGACAGCAAACAGCUGGAUGUGUACAAUCUGACGGCUAGACCCAUCAUUGAAUCUGUUCUCUUGGGAUAUAAUGGGACAAUAUUUGCCUAUGGACAAACAGGAACAGGAAAAACCUACACAAUGGAAGGUAUCAGGACGGUACCUGAACUAAGAGGAAUUAUUCCAAACUCCUUCGCUCACAUCUUUGGCCACAUUGCUAAAGCAGAAGGUGACACCAGGUUCUUGGUUCGUGUUUCCUAUUUGGAAAUCUACAAUGAAGAAGUUAGGGACUUGCUGGGCAAGGACCAGUUACAGAGGCUGGAGGUGAAAGAGAGACCUGAUGUGGGAGUGUACAUAAAGGACCUGUCGGGUUACGUGGUUAAUAAUGCAGAUGACAUGGAUCGUAUAAUGACACUGGGGCACAAAAAUCGGUCAGUUGGAGCCACGAAUAUGAAUGAGCACAGUUCUCGCUCCCACGCCAUUUUCACGAUUACUAUUGAGUGCAGUGAGAAGGGCGUUGACGGGAACCAGCAUGUCCGCAUGGGCAAGCUACACCUUGUAGACCUAGCAGGGUCAGAGAGGCAAGGAAAGACCGGAGCUACAGGUCAACGUUUGAAGGAAGCCACAAAGAUCAACCUGUCUCUUUCCACCCUGGGCAAUGUGAUAUCGGCACUGGUGGAUGGCAAGAGCACACAUGUGCCGUACAGGAACUCUAAACUUACUCGACUGCUCCAGGACUCUCUGGGAGGAAACUCUAAAACAAUGAUGUGUGCAAACAUUGGACCAGCUGACUACAACUACGAUGAGACCAUCAGCACUUUGCGCUAUGCCAACCGAGCCAAAAACAUCAAGAACAAAGCCAGAAUUAAUGAAGACCCCAAAGAUGCACUCUUACGUCAGUUUCAGAAAGAAAUUGAAGAGCUCAGGAAGAAGCUGGAAGAAGGGGAAGAGAUCUCAGGUUCAGAAGGCAGCGGUUCUGAUGAGGUGGAUGAGGACGAAGUGGACGGCGGAGAGGGAGGAGAGAAGCACAGAAAACGCAGAGGCAGCAACAGCAGCUGUAGCUCAGACUCCACCUGUUCUGUUAUUCAGAGAUCUUUGGGGAAAUCUCAGACUAGUGAGGCAGGUAAGAAGAAGGUGUCACCUGAUAAAAUGGUGGAAAUGCAGGCAAAAAUUGAAGAAGAGAGAAAGGCUUUGGAGGCCAAGUUGGACAUGGAGGAAGAAGAGAGGAACAAAGCUCGUGCAGAACUGGAGAAAAGGGAGAAAGAUCUGUUAAAAGCCCAGCAGGAACACCAGAUGUUACUGGAGAAGCUGUCUGCUUUGGAGAAGAAAGUGAUUGUGGGAGGUGUGGACCUCUUGGCAAAGGCUGAGGAGCAGGAAAGGCUGCUGGAGGAGUCCAACAAAGAGCUGGAGGAGCGCCGAAAACGAGCUGAGCAACUGCGCAGAGAGCUGGAGGAGAAGGAACAAGAACGUCUAGAUAUUGAGGAGAAGUACACCAGUUUGCAAGAAGAAGCUCAGGGAAAGACCAAGAAGCUGAAGAAAGUGUGGACCAUGUUGAUGGCAGCUAAAUCUGAGAUGGCGGACCUGCAGCAGGAGCAUCACCGGGAGAUAGAGGGGCUCCUGGAGAACAUUCGGCAGCUGAGCCGUGAACUGCGCCUGCAAAUGCUCAUCAUUGACAACUUCAUCCCACAAGAGUACCAAGAUAUGAUAGAGAAUUAUGUGCACUGGAAUGAGGACAUUGGUGAAUGGCAGCUGAAAUGUGUCGCGUACACUGGGAAUAACAUGAGGAAGCAAACCCCCGUUCCUGACAAGAAAGAAAAAGAUCCAUUCGAAGUGGACCUUUCCCAUGUGUACCUGGUCUAUACAGAGGAAAGCAUGAGGCAGUCCUUGAUGAAGCUGGAAAGGCCCAGGACCUCAAAGAGUGGAAGGUCGAAGCUUAAAUCUGGGAGGAGGAAACGGUCUUCCAGACCAGAGACUGCCAUAGAGUCCCUGCUGCAGUGAGUCGCCAACACUACUGAGAAUGCCUGUGCGCUACUGAAGUUUUUUUUUUUUUUUUUUUAAUAUAUUAAACGUGCACCUUGUAGAAUGUUAUGAUACUACAAUAGACUGCAAAAAUGGAAGUGAUCAGUGUUGAAAAUAUGCUUAAGUCUUAAAUUAUUGGUUUACGUGGAAGUGAACAAUAUGGAGGGCAUUUGUCACAAAAUAUUACGGCAUUAAACUACACAACAGUAAUUUAGGAAAUAUAAUUAUGAAAGACUGUAGGGUAAAUAUUAAUUUUAGUCUACUGUAAUGGGGAGGUAGGUAACAUAGUGGAUGGAGUCAUCCCUUGCAAUCCAGACCAGGACUUUACCCACCUCCUGCGGUAGUACCCUUGACCAAGGUACUUACCCUGAAUUGCUCCAGUUAAGACUACCCUGCUGAGUAA